UGGUGUUGUGACGUCGCGUUCGUCGUUUCCGGCUUCUUUCUGCCCUCGUUCCCCGGUUCUCUCUCCUUCUGUCCCCGCAGCGGCUCACUCGAUCCCCGGCCAUGUCUAACGUCGUCGACACUAAGCUGUAUGACCUGCUUGGGGUUCAGCCCGGCGCCAGCGAGAACGAACUCAAGAAGGCCUACCGCAAGCUGGCCAAGGAAUAUCACCCAGACAAGAACCCAAAUGCCGGAGACAAGUUCAAAGAAAUUAGCUUUGCCUAUGAAGUCCUGUCCAACCCAGAGAAGCGAGAGCUGUACGACCGAUAUGGGGAGCAGGGCCUGCGGGAAGGAUGUGGCGGAGGCGGUGGCAUGGAUGACAUAUUUUCCCAUAUUUUCGGUGGUGGUCUGUUUGGUUUCAUGGGUGGACAGAGUCGAAGUCGCAACGGUAGACGGAGAGGAGAGGACAUGAUGCACCCUUUAAAAGUAUCAUUAGAAGAUUUAUACAAUGGAAAGACAACCAAACUUCAGCUAAGUAAGAAUGUGCUGUGCAGUUCCUGUAAUGGACAAGGUGGUAAGACUGGAGCAGUUCAGAAAUGUACAGCUUGCAGAGGCCGUGGUGUCCGCAUUAUGAUCAGACAGCUUGCUCCAGGCAUGGUACAGCAGAUGCAGUCUGUCUGUUCAGACUGUAAUGGAGAAGGGGAAGUAAUUAAUGAGAAAGACCGCUGUAAAAAAUGUGAAGGCAAAAAAGUUAUAAAAGAAGUGAAAAUUCUGGAGGUUCAUGUGGAUAAAGGCAUGAAGCAUGGGCAGAGAAUCACAUUUGCUGGAGAAGCAGAUCAGGCCCCUGGAGUGGAGCCUGGGGAUAUUGUUCUGGUUCUGCAAGAGAAAGAACAUGAGUCUUUUCAGAGAGAUGGCAAUGAUCUACACAUGACACACAAGAUAGGGCUUGUUGAAGCUUUGUGUGGGUUUCAGUUUUCUUUCAAGCACCUUGAUGCACGUCAGAUUGUUGUCAAAUAUCCUCCAGGAAAAGUAAUUGAGCCAGGCUCUGUUCGUGUUGUUCGGGGUGAAGGCAUGCCACAGUACCGUAAUCCGUUUGAAAAAGGUGACCUCUUCAUCAAGUUUGAUGUCCAAUUUCCAGAAAACAAUUGGAUUAACCCAGAAAAACUUACGGAACUUGAAGAUUUGCUUCCAGCCAGACCAGAAACCGCCAACAUCACUGGAGAAACAGAAGAGGUAGACCUUCAAGAAUUUGACAGCACCCGUGGCUCAGCAGGAGGACAGAGACGUGAGGCAUACAAUGAUAGUUCAGAUGAUGAGAGCAGCCACCACGGCCCCGGAGUGCAGUGUGCACACCAGUAACCAUUUAUAUACAGAAUUGCACAACAAAAGGAUUUUCUUUCAAAUAAUUAUAACUUUUUUUUUUUUUGCCUGUUCUAUUUUUGUUUUAUUUUUUGUUUCCGCGACCCAGUGAAUCGCCCAAACAAUCGUUCAGAUGUGACGGACAUCUGUCGCUGUACGUGUAACUUUUAAAUUGGUUCUAUAGUAUUUUCAGAGUGUAUAAUUUAAACCGUAAAACUAACCACAAGGCUUUACCUGCAGUUUUGACUGUUCUAUAGUGAAAAUAAUAAAAUCCUCCAAAAAAAGGAAGACAAGACAUGAAUCUGCCGCUCUUUGUACUGACCGCUUGAUUUUUAUCAGUCUGUGUAGAUUUAGUUUCCUAUUUACGUUCAUACCUGUAAAUGUGUGUUUUUUUGUUUUUUUUCUGGAGCUGUGUAUUUGGCUGCACUUAAAUGACCUGCUUACAUAUAGAAUAAACAAUUUCCUGGUCUGUA